CCGUCUGCUAUUAGAAAUCGUGUUUAGAGUGUGGAAAAGCAAAAACAGCCCGCUCUUCUUUCUCUUCCCAAUUUCGAUAUCAGUUGUCACACAGACAUCGUCGAAUCAUGGAAUCCAACGAAUUUGAAGAUCAAUUAUAAGUGAAAGUGACUCAAAGCUGCAAAAAAUUGUCUUUUGGUCUGCUUGUUUGCUUCGCACACGCUCAGAUUGUGGUUUAAUCGAUCUGAUUUUUCAGUUUUCGAAUGCUAAAAUCGAGAAACUGUUAUGAUUAGCCAUCAUCUCAGGGAUUGUGCAGCUUAGCUGAAACUAAUACACGAUUUUCUCAAAUUUCUCUCUGAACCUAAAAGCUACUAGUAGCAGAGGGUUUCCUUUAAGUUUUUACUUUGAUUACAGUUCGUUUCAUGGAUUGCUUCCGCCAAAUGAUCGUUAAAAUGGAGCUUACUUCUGUGUUUUGCUUCAUUCAAGUGCUGUAAUAUAAUAAAAUUGCAUAAAGAUUGUGAUUGAGAGUAGUUUUAUGUUAGCAAUGGGAUUUCUAAUGCUUAAUUCAACGGGGCCACCGAUAAAACGAAGGGCGGGUUUGAGGAUAAAACAAGCUGGAAGAGGUUCUUAUCGGGGCAGCUAGAGAAGGCUUUUUAGUGAUAUAAUUUGGCCGUAUUUGUUGUAUGUAUUAGAUAUUUGUGUAUUUAUUGGAAAGUCAAACGAAUGGGAACUACUGCUUUGAGGCAGCUGUUGAAAAGUCUUUGCAAUGAUUCGCUUUGGAAUUAUGCCGUGCUAUGGAAGCUUAGGCAUGAGAGCCCAAUGAUUUUGACUUGGGAAGAUGGGUACUUUAAUUAUCCAAAACCAAGAGAACUUGUGGAAAGUAUAACAAAUGUUGGUUACUGCAAAGGUGCAACUGAUAUGUUUUCUCCUCAGUUAGAAACAAAUACAUCCAAUGGUAGCUUAGAGGAUUAUCCAGUUGGACUUCUAGCGGCUGACAUGUCUCAUCUUCAUUAUGCCUUGGGAGAAGGGGUUGUUGGCAAAGUUGCAUUUACAAGGGUCCAUUGCUGGGUUUCCUUCAAUAGCAUUUUCACUGGUGAUGUCCAUUUAAUUCCUGAGCAGUGUCCAGAAGAAUGGCUAGUUCAGUUUGCAUCAGGUAUCAGGACUAUUUUGCUGGUACCUGUGCUUCCACAUGGAGUUUUGCAACUGGGAUCAUUAGAAGAGGUUGCUGAAGAUGUCAAUAUAAUAGCGAAUGUCAAAGGUAGAUUCCAUGGCCUUCUCAGUGUUGGAGGAAAUAGUUCAACUUUCUCCGUAAAGGAGGAAUUCGAACCCAAACCGUCAUCCCCACUGAUGUCUGGUGCCAUUGAAUGCUUAAAUGCACCAUCAACUACUGCAUUUACAUCGGUGAAGACUCAAGAUUUAAAUCAUUCGAUACCUGUCAACAGUGUUGAGAUAGAUAAUAACAAUCCGUCCAGUGCAAGUCAAGUUCUGCCACUAAUAACUGCUGAAGAUUCAUUUAUGCCAGACGGAAAAGAUCUGCUAGAAGCUCUCCAAUAUGAAAGAGAAAAUAGGAUUGAUGUGCCACCUAUUAGUCUUGCUGAAAUAUCAAUUCCAAGUGUAUCUAUAAAUGCCAGCCAACUGGAGAUGAUGGAGAGCAAGUUGUUUGAACUUUCUUGUCUGAUGGAAGAACUGCAGGCAUAUUCUGACUGUAAUGAUUACAAUGUGGGAAUGUUUGGAGAAUCUUACAAUGGAAUUAUUAGUUCUUAUCCUGCUGGAGACAUAGCAGGGGAAUCAUCUGGAGGUCAGGCUACUAAUGAUACAGAUAAUAAAGUUAUAAGCAGUUUCUUUAGAUUUCCCAAGGAUAGUGAGUUGCAUGAAGUGCUUGGACCAAAACAGACAAAUGAAAAGUUGUGGGACUCAUCUUUCUUGGUUGAGGAUACUUGUAGCACCCCAAGUUUUGCCUGCAACAAAGAUCCUAGUAAAAGAACUGAGCCUUCCUGGUUUGCUAGAGGAGGUGAUGCUGGAUAUCUGUUGGAAGCUGUCGUUGCCAAUGCAUAUAGUGGUUCAGAUGACACUUCUGUUAUAUCCGAUAGUUUCAAAUCAUCUACUAGUUUUUCAGGACACUUUGCUGCUUCCCCUAAACCUCAAAAGCAAUCAAAAGCAAGUACCUUGGUGAAGGAUGAUUCAACACCAUGUGACCAUCUUAGAUCUGCAUGUGUUAUUGGGAACAAGAAUGCUGAUAGUUCUUCAGGUACUUUAAGGAGCAUGAUGGACACAAUUUUUAGCAAGGAACAGCAUGAAAGAGGAUCCGAUGACACACUGGUUCGAAAAGGGCCUAAAACAACUGUCAGCAAAAGAAGGGCCAAACCUGGUGAUAACCAAAGGCCAAGACCAAGGGAUAGACAGCUGAUCCAAGAUCGGGUGAAGGAGUUGCGGGAGCUAGUUCCCAAUGGUGCAAAGUGUAGCAUUGAUGGCCUCUUGGAUCGAACCAUAAGGCACAUGCUGUAUUUACGAAGUGUUACCGAUCAGGCUGAGAAAUUGAGGCAAUGUGUGCAUCAGGAGCUUGAUGGUAACAAGAAUUGGAGGUCUUACGAAACCAAGGAAAAUCGCCGAAGUGGAGCAAGCUGGGCUUGUGAAUUUGGAAAUGAGUUCCUGGCGUGCCCAAUACUAGUGGAAGAUCUUGCAUGUCCUGGACACAUGCUCAUUGAGAUACUUUGUAAUGAGCAUUGUCUUUUCUUAGAGAUUGCCCAAGUGAUUCGUAGCUUGGAGUUGACCAUUUUGAAGGGUGUACUGGAAAGCCGAUCAAACAACACAUGGGCUCGGUUUAUUGUUGAGGCUUCCAAGGGAUUUCACCGGCUCGAUAUCUUCUGGCCUCUGAUGCAGCUUCUGCAACGCAAAAGAAGUCCUAUUUCAAGCAAGAUUUAACGCACCAUCUUCCUUUCUAGUGUAGUUAGUCAGAGGCUGCCAGUGGAAUUUCCUUUAGAAGAAACAAAAAGUUGCAAUCUAAAAGACUAUUGUAUCAUUACAAGGACUAUUGUCGUUUUUUUGCUAUGAAGUACCAGUUUGCUA